AGGAACGCAGCCGCAGUGUGCCUGGAUCCUGUCUCCGUCAUAUCUCUGGGUCCCUGCGCUGCUGCUCUUCCUCCUCCUCCUCCUCCUCCUCCGAGCUGUGGCAAAACAACUGCGGAGCAAGUUACCUCGUAUGGUCCGAGUGUUUGACUCACAGGGGAAAGUAACAAGGAGAACAUGCCUGCCGUCUCUAAAGGGGACGGGAUGCGUGGCCUGGCCGUGUUCAUCUCUGACAUCAGGAACUGUAAAAGUAAGGAGGCCGAGAUAAAGAGGAUAAACAAGGAACUGGCCAAUAUCCGUUCCAAAUUUAAAGGAGACAAGGCUCUAGAUGGCUACAGUAAGAAAAAGUACGUCUGCAAGUUGCUUUUCAUCUUUCUCCUGGGACAUGAUAUUGACUUCGGACACAUGGAGGCCGUCAACCUCCUCAGCUCCAACAAGUACACAGAGAAACAAAUUGGUUACCUGUUCAUCUCAGUGCUGGUGAAUUCUAACAGCGACCUGAUCAGUCUCAUCAACAAUGGCAUUAAGAAUGACCUGGCCAGCCGCAACCCAACCUUCAUGAACCUGGCUCUGCACUGCAUCGCUAAUGUGGGCAGCAGAGAGAUGGCGGAGGCUUUCGCUUCGGAAAUUCCCAGGAUCUUGGUGGCAGGGGACACCAUGGACAGCGUGAAGCAGAGUGCAGCACUGUGUCUGCUACGACUCAAUAGGACGUCUCCUGACCUGGUGCCCAUGGGUGAAUGGACGGCUCGAGUGGUGCAUCUGCUUAAUGACCAGCACCUGGGAGUGGUUACAGCAGCCACCAGCCUUAUUACCACUCUGGCUCAGAAGAGUCCUGACGACUUCAAAACAUCCAUCUCACUUGCUGUGGCCAGGCUCAGCAGGAUUGUGACAUCCGCAUCCAUCGACCUACAGGACUAUACAUACUACUUCGUUGCUGCACCAUGGCUAUCUGUCAAAUUGCUGCGUCUUCUUCAGUGCUACCCUCCACCUGAGGAUGCAGCGCUGCGAAGUCGUCUCACCGAGUGUCUGGAGACCAUCCUCAAUAAAGCCCAGGAGCCACCCAAGUCCAAGAAGGUCCAGCACUCCAACGCAAAGAACGCUGUUCUGUUUGAAGCCAUCGCCCUCAUCAUCCACCAUGACAGUGAGCCCACGCUGUUGGUACGGGCCUGUAACCAGUUAGGUCAGUUCCUGCAGCACAGGGAGACCAACCUCCGUUACUUGGCCUUGGAGAGUAUGUGCACACUGGCCAGCUCAGAGUUUUCUCACGAGGCAGUAAAGACGCAUAUAGAAACUGUGAUCAAUGCUCUAAAGACGGAGCGGGAUGUGAGUGUCCGUCAGCGGGCUGUGGAUCUGCUCUACGCCAUGUGUGACCGCAGCAAUGCCAAGCAGAUUGUGGCAGAGAUGCUGAGCUACCUGGAGACGGCCGACUACUCAAUCAGAGAGGAGAUAGUGCUUAAGGUGGCCAUCCUGGCAGAGAAGUAUGCUGUGGACUACACCUGGUACGUGGAUACCAUCCUCAACCUCAUCCGCAUCGCCGGCGACUAUGUCAGUGAAGAAGUGUGGUAUCGGGUCAUUCAGAUUGUCAUAAACCAAGACGAUGUCCAAGGCUAUGCUGCCAAGACUGUCUUUGAGGCACUACAGGCACCCGCCUGCCACGAGAACCUGGUUAAGGUGGGGGGUUACAUCCUGGGAGAGUUUGGUAACCUAAUUGCUGGUGAUUCACGCUCCAGCCCUCUGAUCCAGUUCAACCUUCUUCACUCCAAGUUUCAUCUCUGCUCUGUGCCAACUCGUGCACUGCUGCUGUCGGCUUACAUCAAGUUCAUUAACCUGUUUCCAGAAGUAAAGGCCACGAUCCAAGACGUCCUGCGGUCGGACAGCCAGCUCCGAAACGCUGACGUGGAACUUCAGCAGAGAGCCGUCGAGUACUUGAGGCUCAGCUGCAUUGCCAGCACUGACAUAUUGGCCACAGUCUUAGAAGAAAUGCCUCCUUUCCCAGAGAGAGAAUCGUCAAUCCUUACCAAGCUGAAGAGGAAGAAGGGCCCGUGCAAUCUGCCCGACAUCGACGACGCCCGGCGGAAUGUCAAUGGCAACACUGAGCACAUCGAGAAAACUGAAGCCACUAACAAGUCUUCUCUUUCGCUGUUGGCAGACCUUCUACCUACCAACAGACCCCGCCCUGCCUCUUCUAGCCCCGUCAUUCUCUCUGCUGGGAUCAUGGAUUCCACUCACUCCUUCACAGACCUGCUGAAUCUUAACUCGACCCCUUCAGCAGCACCCAAUCUGCUGAUUGAUGUCUUCUCUGACAGCUCUACCCUCGAGUCCACAGACGUGUGCGAGGAAAACUUUACCAGGUUUGUGUGUAAGAACAACGGUGUUAUCUAUGAGAACCAGCUUUUGCAGAUUGGACUGAAGUCUGAGUACAGACAGAACCUGGGUCGCGUGCACAUGUUUUAUGGCAACAAGACAUCUACCCAGUUCCUCAGCUUCUCCUCAUCAGUAACAAGUUCUGACGCACUCAUGACUCAGCUGAAUGUCCAGACUAAGACAGUAGAACCCGUAGUAGAAGGUGGGGCUCAGGCCCAGCAGAUCCUCAACAUUGAGUGCGUGUCAGAUUUCACGGAUGCACUGGUACUCAACAUCCAGUUCAGGUACGGUGGAGCUCUUCAGAACAUUGCAGUGAAACUCCCUGUGAUGCUGAACAAGUUUUUCCAGCCCACGGAGAUGAUGUCCCAGGACUUCUUCCAACGCUGGAAACAGCUUGGAGCGCCUCAGCAAGAGGUUCAGAAAAUCUUCAAAGCCCAACACCCGAUGGACACAGACGUUAUCAAGGCCAAGAUCUUAGGUUUCGGCGUCGCUCUGUUGGAGCAGGUGGAUCCCAAUCCUGAAAACUUUGUCGGAGCUGGAGUCAUUCACACUAAGAACACUCAGGUGGGCUGCCUGCUCAGACUGGAGCCCAACCCACAAGCCGAGAUGUACCGUCUGACCCUCCGGACCAGCAGGGAAUCAGUGUCUCAGAGACUGUGUGACCUCCUCUCUGAACAGUUUUAGACUCAACACAGCUCCAGCAUUUUUUACACCUUUACUCUCCUUUGAUUGGAACUGAUGUAUUGUACUGUGUACAUUCUCUUUUUUAUUCAAGUUAUUUUUCACACAUAUCUUUACUAAUGUGUCACUGGUUUCAACCUAGAUUAUGUGUGUGUGAUCUAUGUGUUUGCACACACACUGUGAACACCUCUGAAUGAUCGUAUGUUCUGCAGCUCUGAACAGUUUAGUUUUAUGACACGGUCACACGUACGCAAAUGACGGGUUGAGCUCCAUGUGAAGCCACACUGGAGAUUUGCUUCACCACAGGAAGUGAACGUUCUAUUCGCCCCCUUGCUCGCACAGGUUGGAAGUGAACAGAAAGUGAAGGUUCACCGGUGUUACAUUUGCGUACGUGUGUCCAGGCCCUUAGUGUGUUUUAGCUGCUUGGUUACUGCCUUUCUUAUUCAGACAUUUUGAAGAGUCGCUGAGGAGACGUGAAUGAGACCGAGUCCGUUGAAAAUCUCAGUAGAAGAAGAAGAAGAAGAAUUUACCAAUGAUCUCAACAAUGAAUUCAGUUGUUGUAGUGUUUCAAACAACUGUUGCACAGGACUGAAAAGCUUUUCCUCGUCUCCUCACCCACUUGCACUUUUGUAAAAACACCAAAGUCAUCUCAAGAGGAAAAUCAAAGCUUUGUAAUUUUUGUUUCAUUGGGAAUAUUUUAGCUUCAUUCAGCACAAAUUUUACACAUAGAAUCCUGACACUCGGAUAAAAGGUAUGGAUAUAGAACGGCAGGUAGCAGAUGGAUAAUCAGCUUCUCACGGUGAAGAAGUCCUUUUGUUUCCAGGUUCUCUGCUUCACUUAAGUGCCUCUAAAUCUUCUCUGUCAAGAAGAGAAAGAGCCUUCAAACAGACGAGAGUCUAAAGCACCACACUACACUUCUUCACAGAACACUGCCAAACCGGUGAUAUUCCCAUGUCUGUAUAACCUAGUGUAUUUUCCCUUUUAUAAAAUGUACUUGUAUCAUCAUACUUGAUGCUUUGGCUCUGUCCAAAGGUGAAAAAGAAAUCCUACCGUCAUGUCUGAAGCAGGAUUUAAAACAUCAAGCUGCAGUUUGAUACGUCGAAGUCCUAACCCGUCUAAAACAGCAAUUUCUAUUUUUCACAUGGCUGUUUUUGUACAAACAAACAAGACAUGACAGGUUAUUUAAUUAGAGGUGUAGGUAGUGGAAUAUUGUUUUUCACCAUUGGACUCGGCGAGUAAAGCUGCUUUCGCCUGUUUCCUGUCUGUAAUGCUAAAGUAAUCAUCCUCUGACUGUAGCUUCAUUUCUUUCUCAGAGAGUGAAAGGAGAGUGAGAUCUCACUCUCAGCAUGUAAGUGAAAAGAUCAUAAACCAAAAUGUCCAUCUAUUUUUUGUCCAUGGUUAAACAAGUCACCUAUAGAAGUUAUCUUAUCUGGACCUGAAGAGCUUUACUGUGACUAUGGGCCUAUAACGUGUAUUCACUCGUGUCUUGUCAGGUGGUCCGGUUUCACUUUGUGUUUCCUGUUCAGCACAAAUGUGGAAGGUUGGGGAGUUCUGAUGUGUAGCAAGGGGUGAAAUGAUUAGUUUGCAAUGAUUAGAAGAAAGUGUAAUUGCUAGUGACCACUUGACAAUGUUCUUUCUAGUCUGUUUCCUGUAUUAUAGCGCUUGUGUUUAGUGUGAAAGGUGUUGUGAGACAAACACACAGAAUUAGCACCUGACUGAUUCUCCUCUGAAGUAUUACGUUUGUUUUAUUUUCAUCUUUAAAUUCUUUAUUCUGGUUUUACACCUGCAACUGAACUGUUGUGGCUCAGACUGAACGCUCUGCUCAGAGUCAGCACCAGAGCUGAGAUCAGACCGCUGCACACGACCUGCCCACCAGCACCAAAUGAAACGCAGUGUUUCAGUAACACACCUAAAUAAACGCUGAUCAUAGUCAGAGUUUGCUACAUGUGUAAUUAUGCUGCUUGUUAUAAUCUGAGGUGCUAAUUCAAUGUUCUGUUUACAGCUUGUUUUCUGCACAUGGCACAACAAUUCAGUGAAUGCAUGUUCAAAGCAGCAGAACCUGUGUCUUGUCAUAUUGGUGUGCAGUAUACUCAUGUGUGGGUCAGUGUAUUGUACUGACUAAACAGUACAGACACGUGCUAAACCAGACCUCUGCUUUUUACCAUGGUCCAGAUCAAGUCCUACGCACAACUUUAGUGAUAUAAUGAAAACGUAUGGAUUUGAUCAAUUAGUGAUCACAAAAAAAAAAUUUGAUUGUUGACGUGUAGCAUGAGGUUAUGUUAAACUGUGCUGUAGAUCUUUGGGCCUAAUCAAUAACAUCAGCAUGUACUGAGUGAAUCUGAUGCUUUAGCCACUCAUUGUUUUGGAUCCGUUGCCAUUUCAGCUGUAGACCUCAGUGUCUCUCUCUGUGCCUCCUAACAAGGGCUCCUAUGCCUGACAGGAAUGUGCUGGAUGUGGUGUUGCUCUUCAGUAUCCUCAUACAAAAGAUGUUUUUACAAAUAAACACAAGUGUAAUCAUAUUACUUACCUUUUUAUGGAAAUAAACAUUUACUACACUAUAAUUAUAUAAUAUGGUCAAUAUGACUCAUUUAAAACACUUUACUUGAAACCUAUGACUUAUGAGUAAUCAAGUUCAAGUCCUGGAGUGAGUGAGUGCAGAUGUUUGUUCUGCUUUGGAAGAUUCUGACAUAGACAUGAAUGUAUAUAAAGAAGUGGUGGCACCACUCAGUUGAUUUUUCUACUCCCUAUCCUGUAUUGAUUGCUAAAAAAAGAUACAACAUAUAAAGUGAGGUGAUGAUUUAAUCCCAUCCUUAUGAUUCACUUUCCAUUUAAUGUUCAACCCAUAGCAAUGUCACAUAGUUUGUUUUUUGUUAUUGAUUUCUACUUUAAUUAUAUCCCCAUGAGAAGUGUGUAUGUGUGAGCUUUGUAUAAAUGUAGCUUUUCUCACACAACUAAAUGUAAACCCGCACCAUAUGAGCGUCAUUUCAAAGAACAGCACAUAUCACACGCACGACUUCUUUCAUGUGUCUCACUGCAGAUAAACCCAGAUAUAAGGAAGAAAAAAAAUCAUCAAGGUUCAAUGAACAUAAACUGCUGCACACGCUAGUAAAAAAGCAUGAACUUAUUUCACACAUCAGUGUGUAUUCACUGUCAGGACGUCCACAUCACCUGAAACUUGCAGCAGUACAGACGCUACACUUCAUCUCUGUUCAUUGAGGUAUUGAAGGUCCACUGAAUCUUUUUCCUUAUCCUGUCCCUAAAUAUUGUCACUACAGCUUUAUUCAGUGCUCACUCUUCAACCUCUAUCAGAGGAUCCAGGCAACUUCAAGUAAAACAGAAUAUAUUUCCUCUGGACUUGAUGACAAAACCUGAGCGCCACUUUGUUUUACAUCAGAUGUACUGAACAGUUGUUUAAUGGGACUUGUUUAAUGGGACGUUGAUGUGUUGUUGAUGUCAAAGAUCUAAUGUAGCAACAGAUGUGGAAUACAAAAAAUACAUAUUGUUGAAAUAACAAA